CGAGUAGUAGAAAUGUUGUCCCCUCCCCUCCUCUUCCGAAGACCGAACCAGAACCAUUCAUCUCUCCCCUCCUUCGGCUUUCACAUCCGGGUUACGCGCCAGUGUUUGUCUCCUGCGUCUGUGUGGCUGGAAACAUUUCACCCUCACCGAAGCAAGCAUCGCGACGUGCGGCUGUCUCUCGUCCGACUCGGCACCUCGCAGAGCGGACACAGCUCCCGGCGUGAGUCGGUGAUGUCGCCCAGCUGCGGCGAGUCGCACUGAGGCGGGCAUGAGACGGUGGUGGUGCUGUUGUUGGUGGUGAUCGUAGCGAGCCAGCCAGCCAGUUUGCGGUGAACCGAGUCGCCCUUUAAAACGAUGUCGAAAAGCCUCAAGAAGAAAAACCACUGGACCAACAAAGUCCACGAAGCGGUGAUCAGCCGCGGCAAGGAUGGCGAGCUGGGCUUCGAGCUGAAGGGGGGCGCCGAACUCGGCCAGUUCCCCUACUUGGGCGAGGUAAAGGCGGGGAAGGGUCUCGUCCAGAGCGGCAAACUGGCUGAGGAUGAACUGCUCCUGGAGGUCAACGACAUGCCCGUCGCCGGCCUUACCAGCCGGGACGUGCUGGCCGUCAUCAAACACUGCAAGGACCCGGUCCGCUUCAAAUGUGUCAAACAAGGGGGGGUUGUUGACAAGGACCUGCGGCACUACCUCAACCUUCGCUUCUCCAAAGGCUCCGUGGACCACGAUCACCAGCAAAUCAUCCGAGACAACCUGUACCUGCGCACCGUUCCCUGUACAACCAGGCAGCCCAAGGAGGGGGAGGUGCCAGGGGUGGACUACAACUUUGUGACUGUGGAACGUUUUAUGGAAUUGGAGCAAAGCGGAGCCUUACUAGAGAGCGGAACCUAUGAAGAUAACUUCUACGGCACACCCAAACCACCAGCAGAGCCGUCCCCAGCAGCCCCUCCUCUUAAUGUGAGUGAGGCCUUGCUGCCCGGAGCCCGGCCCAGCGCCCAGGGCAAGAGGAAGAGGAACCAGUCGGUCAGCAACAUGGAGCAGCGCGCCAGCCUGGAGCCGCCAGAGGAGGAGGAAGAGGAGAGCCCCGUCGUCAAUGGCAACGGAGUGGCCAUCACGCCAGAGUCCAGCGAGCACGAGGACAAGAGCACUGAUGCAUCCGGGGAGGUUGCCGUGGAAACCUGCAGCCAAGCGGCAGCCACGAGUGAGGCUCCCACCGAAGCAGAGGAUGCACCCAAAUCUCCGGACAAGUCCCCCAACAAAGUCCAGGAUGUAGAUGAGGAAGAGCUGGGCCCUCUGCCUGACAACUGGGAGAUGGCAUACACGGAGAAGGGGGAGGUCUACUUCAUUGAUCACAACACCAAGACCACAUCAUGGCUGGAUCCUCGAUUGGCCAAGAAGGCGAAGCCUCCGGAAGAGUGCAAGGAAGAUGAGCUGCCCUACGGCUGGGAGAAGAUCGACGACCCCAUCUACGGCAGCUACUACGUGGAUCACAUCAAUCGCAGGACUCAGUUUGAGAAUCCAGUCCUGGAAGCAAAGCAGCGCCUUGAGCAACAACGGCAGAUGCAGAGUCAGGGCCUCUCCGCUCUCCCGCUGCCCACCAUAUACAGAGAAAAGCCGCCGUUCACGAGGGACCCGACCCAAUUGAAAGGCACAUUUCUGUCUACGGGCCUACAAAAGAGUAACAUGGGAUUUGGCUUCACAAUAAUUGGAGGUGAUGAGCCCGACGAGUUCCUGCAAGUGAAGAGUGUCAUUCCAGAUGGGCCGGCUGCUCAGGACGGAAAGAUGGACACAGGUGAUGUUAUCGUCUACGUGAACGACAUCUGUGUGUUGGGCACCACACAUGCCGACGUUGUCAAGCUUUUCCAGUCGGUUCCCAUCGGUCAGAGCGUCACCCUGGUGCUUUGCCGGGGAUACCCUCUGCCCUUUGACCCUGAGGAUCCCAAUGCGGCAGCCAGCAGCUCCAUGACGCCCAUUGGGAUGGAGCACCGCCCGCUUGUGGUGAACGGUCGCAGCAGCUACGAUCCUUACCUGGAGUAUCUGUCGCUGAGCUCCCAGCUGCCCGCACAGGCCCUGGCACAAGUCGGCACGUCCCAUCCAGGGGACACCCACCUGGACGGUUCCUCGCUGCCGCCCACCACGCCCGGCUCAUCGUCAGCGCUCACGCCACAUGAGGACAACGUUUCCAUGGCCUCCUCGGGGACGCCGGGUGUUGCUGGGGCGACGGCCCAUGCGGCCGAGUUGCUGACUGUUAUCAUUGUGAAAGGAGCGGAGGGCUUCGGGUUCACUAUCGCAGACAGUCCUACUGGCCAGCGAGUCAAACAGGUGCUGGAUCCGGGCUCGCAGGCGGCGGCAGGCCUGAUCGAGGGCGAUCUGAUCCUGGAGGUGAACCAGCAGCCGGUGGCGGCGGCCGGACACGGACGUGUGGUGGAGAUGCUCAAAGAGUGCCCCAUCGGAACUGAAGCAACGUUGCUCAUUCAGAGAGCAGCGACAGGCCACAUCUCUCCUUGGAAGGCCUCCAAACAGUUACCUGACCAGUGGGACCCGCACGGAAGUCCCCAGGCCAACCUGUCAGGUCCCGUCCUGCCUCCAGGCACGCCCUUCCCCAACCAGCCCCAACACCGCACAUCUGUACCAGACUCCACCGAAGGCUUCGACCUGAACAAGCCCGACCCCUACGACCUUUACGAGAAGUCCAGGGCUAUCUACGAGAGUCGACGUCCCGAAUACGAAGAGGUGGAGGUGCACCUGCUGAGGGAGAAGACCGGUUUCGGCUUCCGCAUCCUGGGGGGAGACGAGGCCGUGCAGGCUGUGAGUCCGGACGCCCGUGACAAGAUUGUGAUCGGCGCCAUUAUUGAGAACACCCCCGCCGAGCGCGACGGCCGACUCCGUCCGGGGGACGAGCUCAUCUCGGUGGAUAAAAACGUUGUCGCCGGGAAGCCGCACAAGUUUGUCAUCGACUUGAUGCACGCCGCCGCUCGCAACGGCCAAGUCAGCUUGACUGUGAGGAGGAGACUGCACAUGCCCGGUGAAAACUGCCCCGUAAACGGCCGCAGCCCCAGCCUAGUGUCCACUCAGCACAGCUCACCCCGCAACGACGGCGUACCUCAGGGCCCCGCCUCCGUGGCCCUGGCCACGGAGGGCUCGGCCCUGCACACCAGUGAUGUGCUCAUUCACCGCAAGGAGAACGAAGGCUUCGGUUUCGUCAUCAUCAGCUCCCUCAACAGGCCGGAGAAUGCUGCCGUCAUCACUGUGCCCCAUAAAAUUGGACGAAUAAUCGAGGGCAGCCCCGCAGACCGAUGUGGCAAACUAAAAGUGGGCGACCGGAUCUUGGCGGUGAACGGCCAGUCCAUCAUCAGCAUGCCGCAUGCCGACAUCGUCAAACUCAUCAAAGACGCCGGCCUCACGGUCACGCUGCACAUCAUACCAGAAGAAGGCUCUCAAUCUGGGCCCGGCUCAGAAAAGCAGAGCCCCAUGACCCAGAAACAUGGCACCCAGCCCACACCCGCAGCCCUGACCAGUCAAAGCGGCGCCCAGCUGCCUGCUCAGCCGGCUCCUCAGCCGGGUCAAAUGGCCCUUCAGACGGGACAAGCGUCCAUCCAGCCUGCUCAGACACCAGCCCAGACCGGCCAAAUCCUCAUUUGUCCUCCGGCAACUGCAGCAUCACACCUGACAACGGCUGGAACGCAGCAGAGCCCUGUCAGCCAUCCUUCUGGACCCCCGCCGCAGCUCUACCUACACGACGGAAGGUCAGAGGUUAAAGCCAGACAGGAUGUGAAACCUGACUUCCGCCAUCCUCCGUUCACUGAUUACAGGCAACCACCCGUAGACUACCGGCACCCGCCGGUGACCGAUUACCGCCAGCCCCCGACGCUGGACUACCGGCACCCGCCCGGCCUGUUGGACUUCAGACAGCACACGGCAGCUGCUCAGUUCCCGCUGGGGAUCGCUGCAGAGUUUCGACCACAGAUUCCCCCUCUGCAGGACUUUGAUUACUUUACAGUGGAGCUGGAGAAAAGCUCCAAAGGUUUCGGUUUCAGUAUCCGGGGGGGCAGAGAGUACAAGAUGGACCUGUUUGUGUUGCGCCUCGCAGAGGACGGUCCCGCCAUACGGAAUGGGAGGAUGAGGGUGGGGGAUCAAAUCAUAGAGAUUAACGGGGACAGCACUCGCGACAUGACUCACGCUCGGGCCAUCGAACUUAUCAAGGCCGGGGGCCGGAGGGUCCGACUGCUGCUGAAGAGGGGCACAGGACAGGUGCCCGAAUACGACUGUGUCGGCCCCUGGGAUCCCCUUUCUACAAUCCACACUACCCUGCCGGAAGUGACCCUCGAAGCCCACCAGAGUCCAUUGCCUCCAUCCCAUCCGGCCGCAUCCCUGGAUUCCCCUCAUCAGCUCCCUCUAGAGGCCGCAACGUGCAUGGCGGCCGACAUUGCUCCACCGGUGACGGACCACGGCUCCUCGGCUCGAGGGGCCACAGGUGGCAGGUCCACCCAGCAGAAGUGCAUGAUCAGAGGGCAAGGAGGAGAGGCCGAGUGUGGGCCGGGCACCGGGCAGCCUCGUGUUUUGCCUGCGAAAGCCGUCCUGGGGAGGCAGAGGGACGCUUGUUCCCCCUGCUGUGACCGAAAGGGGGCGAGUGCUCUCUGGCCGUGGGACCCUUACGUAAGCGUCACUCCCAACGGGGCCUCUCUGGCCGGCAGAGACACCCACGUCAGCCUCCAGGAGAGGCUGCUGUCCAGAGGCGUUUACCCCAGAGAGGAGGAGCGCCUCGGGGGCCACGCGAAGAGAGCCGAGGAGCCUGCCGCCAGGAGAGUCGCCGCCAACUCCCCGGGGCCCUGGAACAUCCCCGGGCCGGAUAAACUGCCCGGCACCCUGAGGUCCUGGACCUCCACUGUCAGCAGGUAGACGAGAUCGGCUUUCUGUCAGCCCCCAACCCACCCACCAAACCACUGCCGUUUGUCCCCUUCCAUCCACUCCACAAAUCAUAAUCAGAUGUUGCUUUACUGGAGGAUUAUUACACCCGCCACCUUAAAAGGAUGAUCAACUCUCACACAUGUUGUAACAUAGAGUGAAGAGCCCGAUGAUGUGCACCAAAAGACUUCAUUUUGUUCUCGGCGAAGA